UCCUCUCACCCAUGCUGGUCGUAACGUAUGGUUUCGGGUACUACAUCACAAGAUCCCCUCUCAUUUUCUGUUGAAUCAACUAAUUCCGGCAUACUUUGACUCUCCAUUAUGUGAUAUAUGUUCGAUUGAGGAUGAUUCUCUCAGCCAUUUUCUUUUUCUCUGCCCUUUAAAGACUUCUGUCUGGUCAUGGAGCCUUUCUUAAUAGAAGCUGUUCAUAUUGCCUUAUUCCAUCUUCAUUUUCCUGGUGUUCGCCCUGACUGUUCUAUUACUGAUGCUAGUGUUAUUAUUUGCUCCUCUCUUCUUGCUAUCUGGCGUAGUCAUUGGGCCUAUAUCUUUGACUCUGUCCUUUUUAUCUCGUCUACUACUAUUGCCUCUGCUACUCAUUUGAUACAACAAUAUCUAAAAGAAGCUCUCUAUAAUCAAGGCAUUUCACCUCUCCUUUUAGUUAUUACUAAUAUAUCACUCAGCCAAAGCAAACACCCCAUCAGCACAAAACAAAACCUUAAAAAAACAAUAACCCGUGACUUGAUAAUAUUGUC